AUGCAUGGAGAGUGUUGCUUACAUUCAUCUCGUUUCUUUCAUAUAUGUAAAAACCUUAUUUUUGAUCCAAUGCAUGAUAUUCUUUGUGGUAUUGGACCAAUGGUAUUAAAGUUAGUUUUAAUUCGUUAUACUUUGGAAUUGAAAUUCUUUCAUAUAAAUGAUUUUAACAACAGAAUAGCAUCAUUUCAAUAUGAUUUUGUUGAAAAAAAGAAUAAGCCUUCGGCAAAUUUUAGUAAAAGAAUAUUGCGUGUAAAAGGGCAUACUUUAAAUCAAAAAGCUAUGCAAAUAUGGUGUCUUCUUCGCGUUUUCCCUUUCUUAAUUUCUGAUUGGGUCUUGACAGGAGAAGAACAUUUACAACUGAUUCUUCUUUUGCUAAGAAUUAUGGAAAUCGUAUUUGCGCCAAAAGUUACAGUUUCUCUAGAUUUUUUAGAAACAUUCAAACAACUUUUCCCUGAUGUACAUAUGAUAAAUAAAUUCCAUCAUUUAACUCAUUAUCCAGAUUGUAUGUUAUGGUCAGGACCUCUUCAAUUGUACAACUGUAUGCGUUAUGAAGCCAAGCAUAAUGAAAUAAAACUUAGAGCACAAAAUGUUCAUAAUUUUAAAAAUCCACCAAAAACAUUAAUAAGAAUUGUUCAAUGUUCUCAAAGUGCUAGAUGGGGAAAAGGAAAUGCCACAAUUAUUCCAGUUGAGCCAUUAAAUGGAGAAACAGUUACAGUGCAAAAUUGCCAAAGUCGUACAUAUUUACAUGAUCUAGGAUAUGUUGAUACUGAUUCUAUAUUUACCACUAAUGCUAUAAAAAUAAAUGGUGUGGAAUUUCGACUUAAUUUAUUAGUUGCUAAAUGUGUGGAGCAACUAUUGGAUACAGAAGAACAAAUAGAAAUUGUUGGACAACUAGGAAAAAUUAUUUUAGCUGCAAAUAUUGACUCUGAAAAUUGGACAACAAUUGCUGAAAGACCAUCUACCAGCAGCAAUAUUGCUUUAGUUACAACUGCAACUUCUAAUGAAGAAAUAUCUAUACCCAAAGAAUCUUUUUCGCGUUUCACAACUGUUCGUAAGACGCUUCUACAUCAUCCGCAAGGUGCUAACGUUUUGGCAGCUGCAGAAGACAUAUUUACAGAAAGUCACAGACGAAGCCUUAUAAGAAUAGUAACUUCUGAAUUAGUAAAAACACACAAAGAUAAAUACUAUCCACCUGAAGAAGCCAAAGUAGCUCUUGCCGAAAGCAUUGUAACAGAAUUUCCAAAAUUACGUAACCCCGAAACAACUAAAAGAUAUAUACUCUGA